AUGGCGAAACCACAGAAAAAUUCAAAACCACAUGGAUCUUCAAAGCGACCAGGAAAACAUGGCAGUAAUAAUCUCAAACCGAAAACCAAAUCGUCAAAAAAAGUUAAAAAAACCAAGCCCAAAGCACCGCCGCAGCCUCAGCCUCAGAAGUCGCAGCCACAGCUACCUCCGCCACCUGAAUUGUUGACAACAGCUUCGCAGCAGCUGGAUUUUUUCAUACAGCAGUAUCAAUCAGCAAAUGGCAUACAACUUUCAUCUCUCGAACUUGAAUCAUUUACAGAUGCGUGUAUUGUGAAACUAUCUGAAACCCUACCUCAGGAUGUCAGUAAUUUAAGUGAGCAUAUGAAGGCUUCCUUUGGACCAUCUUGGAAAGAAGUCUUAUGUAAAAAAGAGCUCAAACAUUCUGAACCUGGGAAUCCUGCACUACUUACAAUUAGUUUAUCUGCCUUAAGAUCACUAGAACUACUCAGGAGUUUGAAGCCUUUUACUAAAGAUUGCCAUGCUGCAAAACUUUUCGCAAAGCAUUUGAAGAUUGAAGAACAGGUUUCCUGUUUAAAGAAUCAUGUCAAUGUUGGUUGUGGCACACCAAGCAGGAUCAAAAAGUUAAUUGACAUGGAAGCAUUGGGUCUAUCACGGCUAUCAGUUGUUGUGCUUGAUAUGCAGACAGAUGUCAAGGGAUAUUCUCUUUUUAGCAUCCCCCAGAUAAGGGAUGAGUUUUGGGAAUUGUACACAACACACUUUCACCAGAGACUUCUAGAUGGCAGUCUUAGAAUCUGUCUUUAUGGUACAAUUGAUGCUAACAAAUUCAAAAAAAAAGAAGGGAACAACAACAGAGAUACCAAUGAGUGA